AGCUCGAACUGGUGCUGAGGAGUGCACAAGCUCGCUCACUCGUCGUCCGGCGCGCGUCCGAUACAGGAGUCAAAUCUCUCCUCUCUUCCUCACGCUUUUUUAACCCGUGUACUAAUACUCACACCAGCCAAAACCCACCCACUCACACACACACAAAAUGUCUGGUCUCGCGGAUCCCGUGGCUUUUGCCAAGGACUUCAUCGCCGGUGGUGUUGCCGCUGCUAUCUCCAAAACCGCAGUAGCGCCAAUUGAGCGUGUCAAAUUGUUGCUCCAGGUCCAGCACAUCUCGAAGCAGAUUGCCGAGGAUCAGCGCUACAAGGGUAUGGUCGAUUGUUUCGUCCGUAUCCCAAAAGAACAAGGUUUUCUCAGCUUCUGGCGCGGUAACUUCGCCAACGUCAUCCGUUACUUCCCAACGCAGGCUUUGAACUUCGCGUUCAAGGACAAGUAUAAGCAGGUCUUUUUGGGAGGAGUUGACAAGAACACCCAGUUCGGACGCUACUUCUUGGGUAACUUGGCAUCUGGUGGUGCUGCCGGAGCCACGUCCCUGUGCUUCGUCUACCCACUUGACUUCGCUAGGACCAGGUUGGCCGCCGACGUCGGUAAAUCCGGUGGUGAGCGUGAGUUCUCAGGUCUCGGAAACUGUCUAACCAAGAUCUUCAAAGCUGAUGGCAUCAGCGGUCUAUACAGAGGCUUCGGUGUAUCCGUCCAGGGUAUCAUCAUCUACCGUGCGGCGUACUUCGGUUUCUAUGACACAGCCCGUGGCAUGCUCCCCGAUCCCAAGAAAACUCCAUUCCUCGUCUCCUGGGGUAUCGCGCAGUGUGUGACAACCGUUGCCGGUAUCGUGUCCUAUCCCUUCGAUACCGUGCGUAGGCGCAUGAUGAUGCAGUCUGGCCGUGCUAAGACCGAGAUCUUGUACAAGAGUACCGCCCAUUGUUGGGCCACGAUCUUGAAAAGCGAGGGUAGUGGCGCCUUCUUCAAGGGUGCUUUCUCCAACGUCCUCCGUGGUACUGGUGGUGCUCUCGUAUUGGUACUCUACGACGAGAUCAAGAACCUCCUGUAAAUCAAUCCCAUGCUCCUAAGAUCUAACAGCAACAACAACAGCCCGAUAAAAUUAACAGGAACGAUAAAGAAUCUUCUCAUAUUAGUGUCUACACCAACGACAAGUGUAAAUGUUAUUUAAUUCAAGGAAUUUUCGACAGAUUAACGUUUAUAAUCCACCAAACGGUCUUCACGUCAUUGCCACACAAUCGAUGAUUUUAAGAUAAAAUAGAAUGUUUUGAUGAGAAAAAAAAAAAAAAAACUAAUGGGAUAAAGUAUCAAAAUACACAUACACGCACUCCCUAUCCGUAAUUUAAAAACUGCCCCAUAACAUCGCACCCCUUAUGCCACCACCCCAUGUCAACUCCGGUAUAUAAAAUGUCAAAAAAAUGUUGAAAAAUAAAAAAAAAAUAAAAAAAAAUAAAAUAAAAGUAAAGAAAUGGGGGGAAGGGAACAAAUUUGAACACGCUCGUCUCGACAAUUUCAUGAAUAAACUCGCGAAGCAAGAUUUAACGGGGCACGCGAGCGAGAUAUGUUUUAUACAUUCGGUAGCUGUGGAGUAAAUCACAAAGAAAUCGUUUGAAAAGUAAAGAAACGGACAAAAAAAUGCAAUUCGUUUAAGUUAUUGCCGGAUUCAGUAUUCACUCAUUCUGCGCUACCAUUCGACUACCAUUAUUCUCCUUGCCGACCGUUUUAUCGUGUAAGCUAAUUUAAACAAUGCAAAACAGUGAAAUACACGUACGAACGUAUGUGCGAUGCUAGGAUAAAUAUUUUAAACAAAAUGUAUAAAAAAAGUAAUAAAAAUAAAUCAAUUGUAAUGUAAUAAAAAGGGAAGCUGGUUGAAAAGACGCGUUUCAGCGACUUUUCUCGGCUUCUCGCGAAAGUGUGUGCGUUCCACGCAUUAUAGUUGAAUUUUAUGUUAAUAUUUAAACUGCAAAGUUGAUUGAGUAACAAUCGCCAGCACCACAUAGACAUAAACAUGUAAUCGAGAGAGUAUUUAUGAAAUUGGUGAUUAAUAACUAAAGCCAUGUUCGGAACUUGUGUCUUUUUGCCAUAGGCACAAGUACCGAUACAAGACUCGAUGAAAGAGACGUUGCAACAAUUGUAACAGUUAAGAGAAAGAAAGAGUAAUAAAUGGACGCGCGGCAAAUUUAAGAUCACACAAAACAAAACAUCAACAUUAACAACAAGCUUUUAAAGCCAAAAUAAUUAACGGAACGGCGAUGGCGGGGCGCGUAGACGUGGGCCGCCCCCGCCCUUCAAAUAACAAACACUUCUCGGCCCAUUGUAGAUAAUUAAAAUAAUUGAAUGAAAGUGUAACAAUUUCGUUUUUGUCGAGAAUAUGAUUGAAAAAAAUAUGUAUCUGAAGAGUUGGCUAAUCAUUGGAACAGCGGUUAAACUGAAGGAUUUUAUUUUAAUUCCGCACCUGUAAAGCUCUCAGAGAUAUUACGGUUUUCUUCUUACUUCGUGUGUACAUCAAACAAACGAAUGAUUACAGGUUCAAGAGAAAAGCGUGAAUAUUCUGUGAAUAAGAAAUGUAUACAUCUAAUCUGUUCAUGUUAAGAUGUAUGCAUGAAGGACAGAUCAAUAAAAAUCGAAACAAAAA